GGCUUCCGUGACGUCGUCACUUCCUCUGCAGAGAAGGCUCGCGAAGAGACGGUUUACUGAUAGCAACCGCGGUCGGCGUCCAAGGCUCUGAGGCGGGAGGAUGAGCGACAGCGGAGAGCAGAACUACGGCGAGCGGGAGUCCCGUUCUGCUUCCAGAAGUGGAAGUGCUCAUGGUUCCGGCAAGUCCCCAAGGCACUCGCCUGCAAGAUCCAGGUCCAAGGAAGGCUCAAGGCGAUCUAGGUCAAAGUCUAGAUCAAGAUCUGAAUCUCGAUCCAGGUCAAGGAGGAGUUCCCGUAGACAUUAUACAAGAUCACGUUCACGUUCUCGAUCCCACAGAAGGUCAAGAAGCAGAUCUUACAGCCGCGACUAUCGGCGCCGACACAGUCAUAGCCAUUCUCCUAUGUCUACUCGUCGGCGUCAUGUUGGCAACAGAGUAAGGCUGGGAUGGCAGCAGUUGACCAGAGAUAACUCAUCUGCAAAUCCUGACCCAAACUGUUGUCUUGGUGUCUUUGGUUUGAGCUUAUAUACAACGGAAAGAGAUCUGAGAGAGGUAUUCUCCAAAUAUGGCCCAAUUGCUGAUGUCUCUAUUGUAUAUGACCAGCAGUCCCGACGUUCUAGAGGAUUUGCCUUUGUUUACUUUGAAAGUGUGGAUGAUGCUAAGGAGGCUAAAGAACGUGCCAAUGGAAUGGAGCUUGAUGGGAGAAGAAUCAGAGUUGAUUUUUCAAUAACAAAAAGGCCUCACACACCUACUCCGGGAAUAUACAUGGGGAGGCCUACUUAUGGCAGCUCUCGACGGAGAGAUUAUUAUGACAGAGGUUAUGACAGAGGCUAUGAUGAUCGUGACUACUACAGCAGAUCAUAUAGAGGUGGUGGUGGAGGAGGAGGAGGGUGGCGAGCUGCCCAGGACAGGGAUCAGAUGUACAGGAGGAGAUCCCCGUCUCCAUAUUACAGUCGAGGAGGCUACAGGUCUCGCUCCAGGUCUCGAUCCUAUUCACCUCGUCGAUACUGAAGUAUGAAACUGAAAACUUUGUAGCUACAGACAAUUACAUUAAGAUUGCAGAUUUGUGGACAAUAUUUUGUUACUUUUGUUUAAGUCUAAAAAUGCCUAGUGAAUUAGGUGACUUUUACACCUUUUAUGAAAAGUACUUUUGGUGAAGCUUUAAAAUGCUGUUUCAUUCUGCAUAUUUGUGUAGUUGGUGUUUUGUUCAGAAAUGUGUUUUGAGAAGAGUGUGUCUUCUGCAUGUGUUUUAGUCUGAACCUUACAGAAGGAUUUCUAUGUCCCAAAUUGUUCACUCUUCAUUUAGAUUUUUUUCCAGGUUCCAAGGUAUUUUGAAGAUCAAAACCUGUGUAAUAUGCUUUGAAAUGGUGGCAUAAUAAAAGUUUUUUUUUACUUAA